AUGAGGCCUGUCCGUCACGUCACGCCGUAUGUGGUGCGAGCCGGCGUGGCGUGUCUGCGGUGCCGAUCUGCUUGGCAACCUCUUGUUGCAGCUCGCGUGCGACAUGCGUCGACACAGUUCGUGGGACAAGAUGGCGCGGCUGCCGCUGGCGCGAAUAAGGGAACAAAGAAGCCAGUGGCAUCUUCAGUGAAGAAGAUGCCGCCCCCACCAAAACGGGUAGCAGCAUCAUCGCCGUUGGCUUCGGAGCCUCUGCCGCCAACGCCACUGGCGGCAGUGAAUCAGCCGCUGUUUGAUGUGGCCGAAAUGAUCACCGCGUUAGCGGAGGUGUUUCUCGCCUAUCAUAAACACCUCCGAGGUGAGGCAACAGCAGCUCCAGUGGACAUGAAUGAGAGCGGCGGCAGUAACGUAAGCGUGCCGUUCUAUCCCCACGUGCCGCUACGCUAUAUGGAGGAGCACUUUCAGCCGCUGCUGCGACGCCUUCUCCCCGCCGGUGGCGGAAGCGGCGCCACUGCUGUCAUGCGCCUUCUAGGCGAGAACGAGUCUGCAGAGAAAAACAGGCGGCAACUCUCGAGUCGCAUUCAAGUCUGCGGCGUCUUUUCGUUGGCUCCCUCGCCACCUGGAAUACUGCCUCGCAAAGAGGGCAGUGAUGGCACUGGUGAGAUGAUUGCUCUUCGUGUGAGGCCAGGUGUACGAGAGUUGGCCCUCAGUAUAGCCACUUUUCUAUUCUCCUUGGAGCCUUCACCUGCAGGCAUUCGAAAGACUGUGCCGCUGGCUGUCAUUCGCCGCAUGUCGUUGAGCCCGGCCGCUGCGGCUUUUAUUCGAAAUGAGCUUGCCAACGAUAUUAAACGGCUACUCUUGCUGUACGGACACGAUGUGUUUGUACUGACAAGGAAUGGCUCCGCGGUGCGGCUCCACGAGUCUUGUGUAAGGAAGGUAGAAAGAGGCCCACCUCCAGCUUUACCUAUUGCAACUACGCCACUGCCAGCGCAACAGCAACAGGAAAAGAUGGAAAGACCAGAGACUUUGAGUGGCGAGACAAGGGAAAAGUCGGGACGCAUGGCAGUCGUUGAGACGACAACGACGCUGCCACCGCCUGAGCACGCUUCUGUCUCUUUCGUUGCCGGUGAGGCUGACACGGUUCUGCAUAUGGGGAGGCGUUUCAUCGCUCCAGCUGCAAUGGAGCGGUACCGCCUCUCGCAGCGCCUACAGCCUAUUCUGGAAUUUGUUCCAGAGGCGGCACCUUCUCUCGGCGCAGGAAAGGUAGGGCGCACUUCUGUUUCUCAUACAGAUAAAAAUGACAGCACUGAUGCUGAUGACGGAUUUGUUGAUUUCGUUGCGGUGCGUGAGCGUGCGGUGGUGAAGUACCCGCACCUCGCUCCCCUUUUGGCGUUGGACCACGGCGAUGCGCCCCAGUUCCGCGACGGUCUCCUCCUUUCGGCAAUAGGCGCACUGGGUGUGGAGUGGCGCUGGGGGCGCGCGCCGCCGCCACGGGAGCCGCGUCCAAAGCACCACACGCAGCAACGCAUCGUAGCGCACAGCGGCUUAUCGUCAGAAAUGGGUCUGUUGUUCCUUCGCCGGCGCUCCAGCGGCGUGGCGGCUCCUCCCGCGGUGGAAAAGCAGUAUCUGCGCCUCCUGCUCGUCGAUUUACAGGUAGAGCACGAUGAGGUUGUUGCGUCACACUCUUCAGAGGACUGGUGGAAACGGUCAUGCAAUGUCUACUCUGCAGAUGAUGCUUCGGAUGGCACAUCAGUCGAGGAAAAUGAGGAUGCGAUUGGGCGUUUGUUCUCCAUUGUUCAUGCCGCUGUCUAUGAUGAGCUGGCGGGCCCAGCAGCAGCGGUGGGGGCGGCGGAAGCAGAGGUCGGAUCACAUCUUUUGGGCGGCAUGGCUCCCUCCAGAAGCAGCAUGUACCCCACUGGUGCGUGUGCUGACCGUGUGUUUGUGCAGCACUUGCUACGCUACUUUACCACGAACCAACACGAACCGUUGCAGGGUACGCUGCUUAACGGGGUGCAGGGUGUCGUGUCACCGCUCUUCCAGCAUGAAAUAGCGGAGAGUAUCGCCUGUCUUUUCUUCCCCUAUGGUCAAGGCAACGCUGAGAAGACUGCUGUCAUGGAGGGCACCACCACCAGCAACAGUAACAGCGAUGGUGGAAGGGGCCCUGGUAUUGUGGUGUUCAACAAGUAUGUGGAGGGUUUUUACGUCAAUACGGUGUUUGCACAGCUUCCACAUAUCCGUCCUCGCGUGUUUCCCGAAGAACCACCGCUAGCAAGCCGAAAGUUGUUGCCAGCGAAUCUGUUGCUUGAGGUUGUGCGCUGCCUCCACCGUGAGCAGUUGCGCCACGCCGAGGAGAUAGGUCUGGAAGUUGACGUUGAUGAUGAUGGGUUCAAGGAUGACACCGCUGGUGACGAUGGCUGUUUGAGUUUUGCGUCAUUCCGUGAGGUGCUGCAGCCCACAACUCGAGCGUACAUUCGUGACAACAUUGGCGAUCUCGUGGUGAUUCCACUGCUUGUGGCGUGCCACCCGCGGUACUUCCGCGUGCCCACUAUCGAUGGAGCGCCGUCGUGGUCCACCAUCGGGCUCUCACGCGAAGGACGGCUUCUGGCUCGCCAACUGGAGGCAGCAGCAUUAUUAUCGGAAACAACAACAGCAGUAGCACCGCUGCUUUCAGAAUUGGAUGGGGGCCGUCCUUCUUCGUACCGAAGCCGACGUACCGGCUGCCUCUUCACAAACGAUACACAACAGCAGUUAGCGGCAUUCUGGAUGUUGCGUUGA